AUGAAUUCGUGGCGCUUUCUGCCUCCUCCGUUCAAAGCGGGUACCGACUCUGUUGCUGACUCGUAUCAUCGUCGUCGUUCGUCGAUCUACCUGCCCGCCACGCGCGUCGAUGUCAGUCCGAGGCUGAAAGAGCUGCGGCGGGAGGCGAGCGUUCGCUGUUGCAUCGAGGAGGAUUACGCGAGCGAAAAAUUCACGCGCAAUUCGUCGCAGCUGUCCGAAAGUUGGGCCGGAUUUGUGUUGGUACCCGACCCCCCUGUCCAGGCGACGCCGUCCAUCGGCGCUUGCAGCGGCACCGGUGGUUGCGAUCGCUCGAAGUCCGUCUCGGAACCGGUGCAUAUUUUUACCAACCUUCACCCGUCGUCGUGUUCCCCGUCGCCGACGCGGAUCGAGAAGGUGAGUGAAACGAGUAAACGAGGGUAGGU